AUGACUACCAUGAAAUCGAGUGAAAAAGUUCUUCGCGCCGAGGUCCAUCUUUACAAGAGAAAGCAAUCUUGGAUGCCGUCCGGUUCGAAAUUAGAAAUCCUGCUUCAUGAGAUCGGCCCCAACUACAUUAGUGAGACAGGACGGGUAACUCUGCACCGGGCGAGCCGAGGCUGGCAGUGGCGUGACGUCACUGAAGCCGUUCUUAGCUGCCUGGCCACGUCGCGGAAGCCCCCGCACCUGUUCGCCAUCAACUUCAAGAGCCAGAGGGCCAAGAAUGGUAAAACGCGCCCAGUGGCUCUAAAAAAAUUCGCUACCCACCACUCACGCCCUUUCCUUAUUAUUUAUUCAAAUGAGACGGAGACGGUCAAGCUUGACCAGCUGGAUAAACUGGCCGAACGUCUGAAACUAUUUUUGCCCGGACGUCGACCCGGGCAGGGCCCAGUCGAUCCGCUGGGGACGAACCUGACUGCUAUCUCCGCCUCAGGAUCAGAAACGGUAUCCGGGGGCACGCGAACAUGGCCACAUGUUGACAGGCUCAUGGAAACCUUUCUAGAAGAUGGAAAGAACGGCAGCAAGAAAGAAAUCCAUAUGCAGAGCCGAUCUGAUCAUUCGUUGACUGACGUCACAGACGGUCAGCGUUUCAAAAUUAAUAUCGAAGACGCUGUCAGUAUGGAAGAAAGCAAACCAGAUGAAGAAGAUGUUACGUUAAUGUCGGUAAAUGAAAAUCUCGGAAAAGAUCAGAAAUUUGAUCCUGAGGACAGGGAUUCUGGUGUGACAUCAUCAUGGACAGAUUCAAUUUCGGAUUCAAUUUCCAAUCGCGAAUUACCGAUUAACAAAAGUCAUGUUAUUUCGCAAGCACAUUCUCGGUUUCAUUCCAGCCGGCAUCAUUCCUCUGGGAAGGAACGCAAAACAGCAGCCAAAGUAAUCCUGGUUGGAACUUCAUCAGCGCUGUCAGACGAGACGCAUGCCAUUUCCACAAAUUCUACCAUCUUCGACCGAGUCAAGCGGUCGAUCCUGACUAACGAAAUACCACAGGAUCCCGUCGACUAUAAGACGGUGACGAAAUACAACGUACUGCAUACAAAUCCUGGUGUACUUCAGACCCGGCAGCAACGGACCAAAAUCAAAAAGGAUUCACGAUUGAUUCCUUAUCCAAAAGAUUCCCAGCACAAGAAGAAGCGACGUAAACGCAAGCGGCCCCGACGGAAGAAUUUGCGACGACGUCGAUUGCGAUUUCCCAAAGAUUGGGAGACUGAAAGCGAAAGUUCUUCCAAUCAGGACGCUGAUGAUCACUUGUGCAAGAGACGGAAGUUACACGUAAACUUCGAUGAUAUUGGCUGGGGUGAAUGGAUAAUCAGUCCACGUUGGUUUAACGCGCAUUACUGUUCCGGAAGUUGCCCUUUUCCAUUAACUAAGUGCCCCAACACGUUACAACCACCCACGCCCUCACCCAUAUCAUUAUAUGCACCUACCCCCCCACUUCCGCCAAACCAUUUUGCAGACGCUUCCGAAUUUAUUUCUUUCUCACUUUGUUUCGUACUUGUUACUUAUCUAUCUAUCUAUCUAUCUAUCUAUCUAUCUAUCUAUCUAUCUAUCAUCUAUCUAUCUAAGUUCAUUCAUCUAUCUAUCUAUCUAUCUAUCUAUCUAUCUAUCUAUCUAUCUAUCUAUCUCAGUCUGUUCAUAUCUAUCUAUCUAUCAUCUAUCUAUCUAUCUAUCUAUCUAUCUAUCUAUCUAUCUCAGUCUGUUCAUAUCCUCUCUAUCUAUCUAUCUAUCUAUCUAUCAUAUCUAUCUCAGUCUGUUCAUAUAUAUCUAUCCUCAUAUAUUCAUAUCUAUCUAUCCUUGUCUGUUCAUAUCUAUCUAUCUAUCUAUCUAUCUAUCUAUCUAUCUAUCUAUCUAUCUAUCUAUCUAUCUAUCUUUUGUUCAUAUCUAUCAUCUAUCUAUCUAUCUAUCUAUCUAUCUAUCUAUCUAUCUAUCUAUCUAUCUGUCUGUUCAUAUCAAUCUAUCUAUGUAUCUAUCUUAGUUUUUUCAAAUCUAUCUAUCUAUCCUAGUUUGUUCAUAUCUAUCUAUCCUAGUCUUUUCAUAUCUAUCUAUCUAUCUAUCUAUCUAUCUAUCUAUCUAUCUAUCUAUUCAUCUAUCUAUAAUUUUGCCCUCUUUGUUUAUUCUUGCAAAUUAAACUUAUUGAUUUAUCUACAUAAUCAUUCACACUCACAUUCAAUGAAACAUACGCAACUCUGGUCGUUUAUUGCUUUCUUUCUAACCCCCCUCCCUCGCUCUCUCCUUACCUCCCUCUCUUUCUCUCCAUCUCUCUCUCUCCUCUUCCCGUUCUCACCUCUCUCACAUUCGCUCGCUCUCUCCCUACCUCCCUCUCUUUCUCUCCAUCUCUCUCUCUCCUCUUCCCGCUCUCACCUCUCUCAUUCGCUCGCUCUCUCCCUACCUCCUUCUCUUUCUCUCCAUCUCUCUCUUUCCUCUUCCCGCUCUCACCUCUCUCACAUUCGCUCGCUCUCUCCCCUCCCUCGCUCUCUCCCUACCUCCCUCUCUUUAUCUCCAUCUCUCUCUCCUUCCCGCUCUCACCUCUCUCAUUCGCUCACUCUCCCUCCCUCGCUCUCUCCCUACCUCCUCUCUCUUUCUCCAUCUCUCUCUCCUCUUCCCGCUCUCACCUCUCUCACAUUCGCUCGCUCUCUCCCCUCCCUCGCUCUCUCCCUACCUCCCUCUCUUUAUCUCCAUCUCUCUCUCCUCUUCCCGCUCUCACCUCUCUCACAUUCGCUCGCUCUCUCCCCUCCCUCGCUCUCGCCCUACCUCCCCCUCUUUCUCUCCAUCUCUCCCCCUUCCCUCUCUCACAUUCGCUCUCCCCGCUCUCCCCUAUAUCUCCUUUCUUUUCUCUCUCUCUCCUUCUCUCUCUCUUUCUCUGUCUCUCAAUAA